AUGGCCAACAGCGACGACAAUACAACGCACCUCAUCGAAGAUGCCAAGCGAAAAUUCAACCAGUACGCGGACGAACAAAAGAACUUUCAGCCCCCACAAGCACAUAUCGAUAUUGACAUCGAUUCCAAUGGCGCUGCUUCAGUACACAUGGAAGUGCAAUAUAAAGACGUUCAAUAUCGUUUUGAAUCGGUACAAGAAAAAGAUGUACAAGAUAUAUAUCAAUAUUUGAAUAGUCAACCGUUGGUACGGGCAAAGUAUAUCGAUGGUCAAACAAGUUCUCUGGAAGCAACGAUUGCCCGAGUAAAGACAUUCGUGGAUCGAUUUCAAAAUAGACACUGUCCACUCUAUCUCUACAGUGGAUUUGUUGUUUCUGACGCUCAAACAGAGACGUUUCUAGGACUUGUUAACUUGGGAAGUGGACCAAUGCCUGCGACUACCGAAAUGGCUUUUCUAAAUCGAUCUGAUUGCUGGAGUCGUCCGCCAGAAACUAUUUCAAGGUAUACAGACACAAGCGUCAAGAACCUUGGCAGCCGACUUUAUUCCGGGGUGGGUACAGCGGAAGCAUGUGCUAUCAUUCAAUACGCUACCCGUCUGAAACAGGAAGGUUAUACAGUCAAUGGCCAAUUGCCUGAAGUAGUAGUUGGUACAGCAAGACUCGAUAAUGAAGGUUCAUGGAAAUCUUUGUCGAAAGCUGGCAUGACUCUUUCUCAUAUCGAUGUUACUGAAUACUAUGGAAAGCAUCUACGGUAUCAAUUACAAAAAUCGAUUUAA